GUUUAUUUGAAUUUAAAUUUACUUAUUUAUGCGUUUUUAAUGCUAAAUAAAAAAAAAAAAAGGAUGGCAAUUACUUUAAUAAAUUAAAGAAAUAACAUUCAUUUGUUUUUAAUAGAAGUGUUUGAGAUGUUGUUCCAGGGUUCAAACAACAAGGAGGCAAAAACAUGUACUAAAUUAUUCAAGCAAUCUGUGCUUAGAUACUUCGUAGCAAGUUUAAUUAUCUUGGCAGUACUAAUUACCGUUAUUGAACUGAUGAUGAUAAACCUAAAGACUAAGAAGCACUCAGAAUCGAGCGUUUAUUCAGUAGAUACUAAUGAAGAUUCAUCUAAAAAAUCUUUGCCAACAACCUACUUGCUAAAAAAUGCCGAAGAAAAUAUCAACAAUGAUAAUCAUAAGCGUUACCUUUCUCAUAUAGUUUUUGAAAGCAUUAAGAAAGACUGUAAUACAGUAUAUACAGCCGUUGUAAUUAUAAACUCACAUGCAAGUUUCUUAAACAGAAGAAAUACAAUACGAAAGACAUGGGCGAAAUCACCGUACUGGAAUACUAAGGAAAAGUAUCUUAUAAUUUUUGUUGUUGGAAGGACAAUUGACUCAGAAGAAGUAAUAAACGUAGCUGAAGAAGCAAAGAUAUGGAAUGAUAUAAUUUUUGUUGACUUGUUUGAAGAAACUUCUACUUUAACAAAAAAGGUGAUCAUUGGAUUAAUAUGGACCAAUUAUAAUGUUAAAUAUGAAUUUGUAUUUAAAGGCCAUGAUGAUAUUUACUUGAAUAUAAAUAACUUAUUAACAUUUGUUAAAAAUAAUAAUAUAGAAAAUGCCUAUUUUGGGUAUAAAAUAGAAAAUGCAGACGUAAAGAAAACAGAUCCAUACAAAAUAGUGUACCAAAAUGGCUACUAUGAUUCUUAUUGUUCUGGCGUAGGUUAUAUCUUAUCAAAAUCUAAUAUCAAAAAAAUGAUACCACUGUUUGAUUUAAAUUCCAUAUUUAGUUUUGAUGACGAGUUUGUUGGUGAAACAGCAACUAAAAUAGGAGUUAUUGCACGCCACGCUGAAGGCUUCUACAUAAAUAAUGAUCAUUGCAGUUAUUUUAGAGAUAUCAUUGUUUCUCAUCCUAUAAAAGAUAUUAAUUGUAACAUUUUUUUACUAAAAAGUUUUUUGUUGGACACCAGAAAUUUGACAAGCCAUCUCAAUAUUAUAACAUCGAAAAAUACAUCAGCAUAUGUGAACGAAAAAAAUACAGUAAACGGACAAUUCCAACCUAUAGGGGGAGUGAAUUGAUCAGAACAUAUAUAAUAUGAUUUUUGAAAAUUGAUGUUAUUUAAUUGGUAAAAUGUUCAAUAUCAAAUUGGUGGAGACAAUACAUUUCUAUUAAAGAAUUCAAUGUUUACAAUAGUGGCGUUUACAACAUUUUUUUAGAUAUGAAAUGAUAUCUUUAUUAUUUUAUUAGAUAUGACACUAUUUCUGAUAGCAAUAAUUUAAAAAAUAAAAUUAAACCAAAUAGACAAUUGAACAAAAAAUUAAAAAAA